AUGGAGAAUGUUUUGGAAGGAAUACAACAGCUUGAUCUGCUUUUGGGGAAACUUAGUGUUUUGAAGUAUGAAACUUUGGAGAACUCGCAGCAAAUGAAUUCAACAUAUACUUCUGAUAAAUCUGCUGAAAGCCGAUCUCAAGAAACGGGCCAUUCAACUCUGAAUUUGAAGACCAGAAACUUACAGCGGAGGUGGAAAGUUCCAAAAACCGACGACUUAAUAUUUGGUGAAUUUUUAGCUCUUCAAAAUGAUAUUCACCUAAACGUGGUGGCCAACUUGAUACACAACAUAUCCAAUAUUGCACACCAAAAAGAUUAUGAGCUAUUGAAAAUUUGCCUAAAAGUGAUUCAAGGUUGUCUUCUUCUCCACCCUCCAUCACGUAAUCUGUUCAUUUUGGACUCGAACAUGCUUGUUUUAUUACGACUGUUGGAUUUGCACAAUCCACCGCAAGUCAUUGAAAGCGUGAUUCCAACUCUCGUAAGCAUUUUGGUGCGGAAUGUACCGAAUAUCAGAACAUUCGAAAAUCUGGAUGGAACCAAAGCCAUGUGCACAUUGUUGACUCAUAAAAUCUCGACUACCUCUUCCUCGACCGGGUGGAAAGAGGUUCAGGUGAAAGCCCUUGAAUUUUUGUUUUUUUACCUGAUUCCAGAAUCUCACAGCGGAAGAGCGGUCUCGGGGGUCUAUGACACAAGUUCAACACAUUCAAGAAGCGGACCGAACAAGUUUAACGACGAUGGUUAUCCCAGAAGAGGCACAGGAGAAAAAGCCCAGAUACUCAAUAGAUACCUUAACAAAGAAAUCACAGAAGGUUUAAUUGCUGAGCUUCUUUCGAGCAAACCUUUUGGAAACAUGCAGACCGACUGGUGA